GUGUCUUGGCGAGCAGUAAUGUGGGGGUUGGGACUUGAAUUUGUUUUGGGUAUCUUUAUCAUUCGAACCGAACCAGGGUACCAGGCCUUCAAAUUUCUUGGCGAACAAAUUCAGAUUUUCCUGAAUUAUACCACAGCUGGGUCAGGAUUCGUUUUUGGAGAAACACUGAUCAAAGAUGUUUUCGCGUUUCAGGCCCUGCCUAUUGUGGUCUUCUUUAGCUGUGUCAUGUCAGUCCUCUACUUUACCGGCAUAAUGCAGUAUGUCAUUCUUAAGAUUUCUUGGCUCAUGCAAGUUACAAUGGGAACAACAGCCACAGAAACUCUGAGUGUAGCUGGCAAUAUAUUUGUUGGGCAGACAGAGGCACCACUGCUGAUCCGUCCCUAUUUGCCUGAUAUGACCAAGUCUGAAAUACACGCUGUGAUGACUGGGGGCUUUGGGACCAUUGCUGGAAGUGUAAUGGGUGCAUAUAUUUCCUUUGGGAUUGAUGCAUCCUCACUAAUUGCUGCAUCUGUCAUGGCUGCGCCUUGUGCUCUCGCUCUCUCCAAGUUGGUUUAUCCUGAAACAGAAGAAUCCAAAUUCAAAAAUGAGGAGGGUGUCAAGAUAGAAAAAGGGGAAGAAAGGACCAUACUAGAAGCUGCCAGCAACGGGGCCUCCACCUCGGUGGGACUGGUUGCCAAUAUUGCCGCCAAUCUGAUUGCAUUUAUGGCCUUGCUUGAAUUCAUCAAUGCUGCCUUUUCCUGGAUCGGGGGAAUGGUGAACUACCCCAAACUUACUCUAGAGCUGAUUCUGUCCUACAUAUUCAUGCCUGUGGCCUUCAUGAUGGGAGUACAGUGGGAUGAGGCUGGCCCAGUUGGUAAGAUGCUGGGAAAAAAGAUCAUUCUGAAUGAGUUUGUGGCAUAUAGACAAUUGGCUGACUACAAAGCUAGUCGACUGAGAGGUGACGAUGAAUGGCUGGAUGGAUCCAGGCAGUGGAUAACUGAGAGAGCGGAGGUCAUCACUACCUUUGCCCUAUGUGGAUUUGCCAAUAUCAGCUCCAUUGGCAUCAUGCUGGGAGGAUUAUCUUCCAUGGCACCCCAACGGAAAAGUGAUCUAGCCAAGGUUGUGGUGCGUGCUCUGAUGACUGGAGCUUGUGUCUCAUUCGUCAAUGCUUGUAUUGCAGGAAUUUUAUAUAACGAAACUAAAAUAAACUGCGUGGGCUUCUUCGGCACCGCUGAGGCUUUUAAUAACAAAACAUAUAACCUAUAUUUCUGCUGUAAUGACAUCUACACAAAGACUAACAUUACCAAUGGGACAAUAUCAUUUGAAGACGAAUGGAAAAACACAAAUAUUUCUGAAUUGGCACACUAUCCCUCUAGUGCAAAGAAGCAAACAAAGAAAAGCGCCCAUCCGGAGGAUGCACAACAAUUCAUUUUAUCAGAUCUUCAGGAAGAGGGAGGGAACAACAGGCAGGAAGAAUCAGUUGACAGUGAUGAGUCUUCAGCUGCACUGGGUUCCAGUGAUGGGGAUGAUAAAGUGGCAGUUCGUACCUGGGUGCCCAGGAAUAUAGAGGAGGAAAGUGAAGGAGAGACACAGCAUCAUCAAAGCAGGUUGUCAUGA